AACCCUAAUUCUAAAUUAACUCCAAAAUCUUUGCCACUUCUUCUUGUCUGCCCCCUGACCUUCUUUGCCAACACAACAGACAAAAACUUUUAAUUACCGUUUAUUUAUAUUCCAUUUAAUUAAUUUAUUACCUUCUAAAACCCUAAAAAUUCCUUCAUUUUUGAAUUGAAAAAACCCUAAUUAUCUCACUCCAUCAGAAACCCUACUUUUCUGGUUCAGGACUUUUACAGAGACAGAGAAUUUUAUGUUCCCGCCUCGUUGAACUGGUGUAAAAUAGAGAAGAGGGUGAGUGAAAUUGAAAUGCAAGUUCAUAGUGAUGCAGAAAUUGUUGCAGAAAGGCCCUUGUUCUACUCCCAUCCUCUGCACUUCUUCUUCUCAAACUCUUAAUCUUUUCAAAUUUCGACACAAACCCACUUCUUCUUAUCACUCCCUCUCUACUGGGUUCCCUUCUUUUCAACCCCAAACUCCCAUUUUCUCCUUAUCUCAUAAACCCUCUUCCUCAAUGCCCACGGUGGCUCCACCUCUUUCCGGCACCAGCUCCUCCUAUUCUGGCUGUGUACCUAAAAAAACUAACAUAAUCAGAACAAACUACAGUGGUACUAUAUGCCGCUGUGCAGCAAUUGACAGAAAGAACAACAGGGUAAGCCUUAAAGUUCCAUUUCGGGCCUGGGUGGUAGUCCGCCCUGCCUGGUACCAUACCGCUGUGGUGGAAGAUGGUAGUCCUGUGAGCGCAGCUGCAAAGGCGGCGGUUGAGGGAAUGGAGAGUGAGGAUAAUGAGGAUGGUGAGGAUGCGAAGGUAGAAAAGGGGACGGUGAGAGUGAGUAAUAGAAGGCAGAGAAGUGAAGUUUUAGAGAAUGCAAAUGCAGAUUUGUUGACAAUUCCAGGUGUGGGUCCCAAGAAUUUGAGGAAGUUGGUGGAGAAAGGGUUUCAAGGAAUGGCUGAGCUUAAGCAAUUUUAUAAGGACAAGUUUCUUGGGAAGGCGAAUGAGACCAUGGUCGAGUACCUACGGAGUUCUGUUGGAAUUAUUCACCGAAAUCAUGCUGAGAGCAUUACAGUUUUCAUCAAAGAUAGGGUGGAUGAAGAGUUAAAGGACGUAAACACAGAUGCCAAACCUUCACCUAAGGACCGGAUUACAUUUUGUGUUGAAGGAAAUAUUAGCGUUGGAAAGACAACGUUUCUUCAGAGAAUAGUAAGUGAUACAAUUGAGCUUCGUGAUCUUGUUGAAGUGGUGCCAGAACCCGUUGAUAAGUGGCAGGAUAUUGGACCUGACCACUUCAAUAUACUGGAUGCUUUCUAUGCUGAUCCAAAUAGGUAUGCAUAUACUUUCCAGAACUAUGUCUUUGUCACAAGGGUGAUGCAGGAGAGAGAGUCGUCUUCUGGGAUAAAGCCACUCAGGUUGAUGGAGAGGAGUGUUUUCAGUGACAGAAUGGUAUUUGUACGAGCUGUGCAUGAAGCAAAGUGGAUGAAUGAGAUGGAGAUCAGUAUUUAUGACUCAUGGUUUGAUCCAGUCGUGUCAGUUUUGCCUGGGCUUAUUCCUGAUGGUUUUAUCUAUCUUAGAGCAAGCCCUGAUACUUGCCACAAGAGAAUGAUGAUUCGGAAGAGAGAAGAAGAGGGUGGAGUCAGUCUUGAUUAUCUUCGUGACUUGCAUGAAAAACAUGAGAGCUGGCUUUUUCCUUCUGAAACUGGUAAUCAUGGAGUAUUAUCCUUCAGCAAACCCACUCAACUGGAUAACUCUGUGCAUCCUGAUAUAAGAGAUCGUGUGUUUUGUUUGGAAGGGGAUCAUAUGCAUUCAAGUAUUCGAAAGGUGCCUGCUUUGGUUCUUGACUGUGAAGCCAACAUUGAUUUUAGCAGAGAUGUUGAAGCAAAGGAGCAUUAUGCUCGUCAAGUAGCAGAGUUUUUCAAGUAUGUGAAAAACAGGAAAGGAGUUGCAUCCCCGACAGCUGAUAAAGGCGGUUUUAUGAGAGACCCGAAGGUUUUGUUUCCUGAAAAAGGCGGAUUGCUUUUUCCAAACAAAAUGCACUUCUCAGAUUCGGCACUCAAAUCAUUAGAUAUUAGACGAGCAAUGUCGAUCAUGUCUGGUAAGUAGUAGUUUCGUGGCCGCAUUUUGCAACCUAGGUCUGUGUAAAGAGUUUUCCCGUCGUCUGAUACUGUCCUUGGUUGAUGUGUCUAGUUACUCAGUUCAGGUCAUGUAAAAAUGUUAACCCCUAGGCUUUAGUGAUGUAGAUGCUUGUAUGAUGGAAUGCUUUGAUGGUCUUAAUGUUUGACGAUGCUUAGUUUUCUGCAAUCCCCAUUAUAUUAUGGUUGCUUUUUCA